AGCACGGAGCCUCUGACUGCCCAGCGCGUGGACAUGGCUUUACUCAGCAACAUCCUAGCAGCCUAUUCCUUUGUCUCAGCUUGAAGCAGACGCAGACAAACCGUACAUGAACGUGUGUGCUGGCCAAUAAUAACACAGCAGCCGGUCAGGUUUGGCCUGUGACCCGCAGUGCAUGACCCCUGCUGUAGGUGAGCACCUUUCCAUGUGGUUAAGUAUCAUUCGUAUUUAUUAUUCUGUCAACUAUUCAUAUCUCUUGUUUAUUUUCAUUCUUGGUUGUCUUUUUCUUCAUGCUCUUUCUAGGUGUUCUUUAUAUAUUAGUCCUUUGUCUCUGUUACAUAUUUCAAAUAUUUUUCCUACUUGGCCUUUGUCUUUUUACUUUGCUUAUAGUAAUUUUUUUAAUGCAGAAGUUUUGGGGGACCAUUUAUUAUUAUUGUUAUUUUUUAAUUUAACCAUGUUCUUUGCAAGUGUAGCAGUGUUGACCUAGUAGCAGUCAGCCAGAAAACGAAGCACUUUUCCUCUGAGUCUGUCACGAGUGGUCCCUCAUCAGCAAGGGCUCCUAACCCACCAGAGCUCAGCCAAUAGUUACAGAUUUGAGGAUUUUGGAAAGUACUGUGGUUUCUGUUUUUGUUAUUCCUCUUUAUACUGGGAAUCCUGUGAGGGCUGAGAAAUUUUCUGUCUCUACCCCUAAGGCAUUAUAGACUCAGUAAACUUUUGUGGAAUAAAGUAACUAUUUAUUGAACUAUAAAAUUUGAAAAAAUUUUCACAGUUGGAAUGCCCUGUCCUGGAGAGAGCUUGGUGAAAGUGGCGCUUUCAUGCACAGCUGAUGGCAAGACAAGUUGAUGUGCUGCUUUAGAAAAGCCACUUGGCAGUAUGUAUCAAGAGAAAACCCUGAGCGAGCAGCUCUGUACUUUGUCUCGGGCGUGUGCAUCGGGCUGAUCCUCACCUUGGCUGCCCUGGUGAUGAAGAUCUCUUGCCACAUGGACUGCCAGCGGCGUCCGCAGAAGAAGUUCCUGCAGGACCAAGAGAGCAGCAGCAGCGACAGCAGCGACAGCGAGGAUGGCAGCUCAGACACGGCGUCUGACAUCUCAGUCCGAAGACAUCGUCGCUUUGAGAAGACUUUGAACAAGAACGUCUUCACCUCAGCGGAGGAGCUGGAGCGCGCCCAGCGGCUGGAGGAGCGGGAGCGCAUCCUCAGGGAGAUCUGGCUGAAUGGCCAGCCCGAGGUUCCCGGGACCAGGAGCCUGAACCGCUACUACUAGGGGCGGGAGCAGACCCGCACCGCUGGAGGCCGCAGGGAAGGGAGAAGGGCUGCGGGGAGGGUGGGCACGGAGAGCUGAACGCGGUUCUGCUAAGGUUACUGCGGAAGCCGGAGAUAAGCAGUGCACCCCGUUUUCUAGCCCAAAGGACCGAUUUCUCCUUCUUGCCUAAAUUUAUGGAGAAGUAGAAAAACCGAGUCGGUUUAUCAACCUUCCCAGGUCUUGGAAUGGUGCUCCAGAACUCUCUCCAACAAUGUGGAUGGAGAUUAGAGAAACAGGACUGUGGUUUCUCAUGAUUUCUGAGGAUCUCAGAAGUUUCUGCAGACUUCACAGCUACAUGUUACUCCUUUAUGAAAGGAGAGAUGACGGUAGCGUGGGGGUAGGAGCAGCAGGGUGAACCUGACCCAGGAAAGCCAACUUUCUAAGUCACUUCGUGCUGCGGAGGCGAUUCUGACCCAGAGAACGUGAACCACGCUUAUUAUUUAAGGCUGAUUUUUUUAUGUCAUGUGUUGCAACGGCAACCUCGUCCAUUUUAAGCGGCACCUCAGGGAUUAAAAUCCUAUUUUUUAGUGUAUUUUCGACUUCAUUUCUGAAAAUGAAUAGAACUAAUGUAUUAUGGGAUAUGUGUCAGUGAACUAGACAAUGCCAAUAACCUCAAAGGAUGAAGGGUUUUAUUUUAAAUAGUUUAUUAAAAGUAUAUAUUAACUUGGGUAUUUGAAAAUGCUACAUAAGAAUAAAAGCUGUGUCCCCCCUCCUUUUUGGAGAGAAGAAAAUUUUAUUUUGACUCUAGAUAAUCAUGAUUUUAAACAUUCUGUUUUAAAAAAAGUUUGGAUUUCCAAGAAAAGAAUUGAAACAAGAGAUGAGAAAUAAAGCCAAAAUUAGGACGGGAUAAAAAAAAUAAAUGUUACAUGAAAUCGUUUUUGUUUUAUGUCUGUCAUUGUGACUAUCUUAAAUGGCAACCCAUUUAUAUAAGUGAGUUUGGUCUUUUACCAGGCCCCUGAAAUAAUUGGAGAAUUGGUAAAAAAAAAUGGAGAAAUAGCCCCUGUGUAACUAAAGGCUUCUCAUUUUCUGUUCGUUAUAUGUUAUGGUUACAAAAUAGUUGAGUAAUUGUUAAGCAGACAGAAGAAUAGAAUCACCUAAGGCU